UUCGCUUUCAGUUUUUCUUGAAGCGGAUUUCUUGUUGGUUUAAAACAUUAAUAACAUAUCUCAGUUCACGGCAAUUCAUAUGCAAGAUGACGUGCAUUUGUGUGAUAUGCACACUCCGCAGGCCGCCGCUGACGCCGCUGGGCACGGAGCACAGGCGGCUACUCGAUGCUAUUGUAUCUCCAGCUAUUACCAUGGCUGACCUUAGAGCUUGUGAAAUCUUGGUGUGCGCGGAUUGUCAGCAGAAGCUGCAGUCCGUACAGCAGUUCCAGAAGAUGGCGGUGUACGGCCUCUCCGUACUCAAGUCUGUGCUAUCUAAAGCGAACAAUGCAACGGAACAGGAUCAGAAAAUAAAAACACUAAUACAAAUGGAAGAUGGCCGGAAACUACUUGUCAAUCCAAUAUCUGUUGUGGAGACAGUUAUAAAAGAACCGGAAAUGGAAGAACCAUCCAUACACACUCAAUUACAUGAUUCAAAGGACUCACAGGACAUGUCUAUUAAGUCGGAGCCCCCGGCGACACCGGAGCAGCCCUGCUUAGACGUGGAUCUCAAGCUUGAACUUCAACAUGAAUACGAGACGGUAUUUGAACCUGAAAUAGAGUUGAAAUCAGAGUAUGUUGAAUUUGACUCUGAAUCUGAAUUUGAUAACGCUUCCCUGAGUCGAUCCGAGCAGUGCGACUCAGAGAUGAAAACAGAAGGUGUCCCCGGAGUACAGAACAUUGCGGUUCACACGCCAAUCAGGAGCACCCUGCAAACUAAUCACGUUUAUAAGUCCAUUGAAAAUAAAGUUAAGCCUGCAAUUUUAAAACAAGCACACAGAGCAACAAAAGAACCCAAAGCAGCAAAAGUGGGUAUAAUAGCUAGAGCGUACGCGGCUAAACAAGCUAAAGCAGCUUUAAAAGCUAGCGCAAAUGCAGUCAAAGAAGUUAACGUAGCUUCAGAAGGAGCAAAUAAAAUUAUAGAAGCGAAUGUAGCUUCAGAUGAAACACAUGCGGAAACACAAGGAAACAUAGCUUCAGAAGCUAGCGAUAAUGCAGAUAAAGAAGCAAAUGAAGCUUGUACAACUGAAAACGCAAACGCAGCCGUGGAAAAGGAAAAGAAAAGAGAGAGUAAGAAGGCGGCGCGCGUGCGGUGCGGCAUCUGUGAUAAGCUACUAUGCCACAACCGGAGUCUGCGGCAGCAUUUCUAUCUAAUGCACGCCGAGAUGAAUCCGGUCAAGUGCGAGUUGUGCCACAAACAGUUCCGCAACGCGGGUGUUCUCCACUACCACCACUGUCCGCAAAAAAAGGGCAUCCCUCGGCCGAAGCCGACGCAGCACUGCGAGGAGUGCGGGGUGCAGUUCCCGAGCCGCGCGCAGUACAAGGCGCACCUGCAGACCCUCAAGCACACGCCCAGGGACCUCUACAAGUUCGAGUGUGAAGUGUGCAAGAAGCGGUUCCGGUACAAGCACUGGAUGCGCGACCACGUCGACUGGAUACACCGAGGGCUGAAAAAGUACUCGUGCGAGCGCUGCGACUCCUCAUUCGGGGCGUUCACGUCGCUGCGGCGCCACGUGGCGCGCGCGCACGACCGCGCCGCCGCGCCGCGCGACACGCACGUCUGCGACCUCUGCGGGAAGACUUUCAAGGUGAAGAAGUCACUCGAGGAGCACCAGCUGACGCACUACGGGCUGCGGCCGUUCGCGUGCGGCGCCUGCCCCGCCGCCUUCUCGUACCGCGCCGCGCUCUACACGCACACGCGGCUCAAGCACCGCGGCGGCAAGAGGAAGAGGCAGCUGCUGCAGGAACGGACCGAACACCAGCGGGAGAACAGCGGGGGAGAGGAGGGACGAGAUGACGAACAGACGGAUGAAGAUGAAACUCCACAAUACUUGGAAUUUACAUUUGAUGACUGA